AUGAAUAAUAUAAAAAAUGCAAACUUAAGAACAAUUAAUGGUGUUAAAAAAACAAAUGGUUUGACAAAUAUAAAAAUUAAAAUUUAUGAAAUUGAAGAAAAAGUAGAUGUUUACAUCAUAGAAGAAGAAAACUUCAAAUAUGACUUUUUGAUAGGAUUAGAUAUUAUAAAAAAAUUCAAACUUAUUCAGAACGAACAUUUAAAAAUAACUCAAAACAACAAUUUAAAUCAAAAAAAUAAAAUUGAAAAAAAAAAAAAAACUAAAAUUACAGAUAUAAAGGAAAAUAACUUCCAAACUAAGAUAGAUUAUUUAACUAACAAUCAAAAACAUGAAAUAAAUAAACUAAUUGAAAAAAACAAGUCAAUUUUUGCAAAUGAUAAAUACGACAUUGGUACAGUGAGGGAAUACGAGGCACGUAUUGAUUUAUCAGUCGACAAAUACUGCAGUAAAAGACCUUAUAGAUGCUCCGUAGAGGAUAAAAAUGAGAUAGAAGAACAAAUAUCAAAAUUACUUGAAAAAAAACUUAUUGAAGUAUCUUACAGUCCAUUUGCUGCACCAGUAACAUUAGCAUUUAAGAAAGAGGAUAAGAGAAGAUCCAGACUAUGCAUAGACUUCAGAGACUUGAACAAAAUAGUAGUACCUCAAGCACAACCAUUCCCACUGAUUGAUGACUUAGUGAUAAAGACAAGGAACUGCAAUUACUUUUCCACAUUAGAUAUAAAUUCUGCAUUUUGGUCUAUUCCACUCAGAAUGGAGGACAGAAAAAAGACUGCGUUUGUGACACAGGAAGGACAUUUUCAAUGGACUUGUCUGCCGUUUGGUUUAAAAACAUCACCUGCAAUUUUUCAGAGAGUCUUAAGUACAAUACUGAGGAAAUAUAAACUUACAGAAUUUGCUGUUAACUAUAUUGAUGAUAUUCUUAUAUUUUCUAAGAAUUUUUAUGACCACAUUAGUCACUUAACACAGCUAUUAAAAGCAAUACAAACUGAAGGUUUCAGAUUAAAAUUUACAAAAUGUACAUUUGCAACAGACUCGGUGAAAUAUCUUGGUCAUAUUAUACAGAAUAACUCUAUCAGGCCUGUAAAAGAUAAUCUAGUUUCAAUAAAUAAUUUUCCUGUCCCAAAAACUCAAAAAAAUAUAAGGCAACUUCUGGGAAAAAUAAAUUUUUAUCAUGAAUACAUACCAAAUAGUGCAAUUAUCCUAGAUCCAUUGCAUAAUUUACUAAGGAAAAACCAAAGAUUUGUCUGGUCGAUAGAGUGUCAAAAAGCUUUUGAAAAUAUAAAAAAACUACUGUGCUCACAACCAGUUUUAGAAAUUUUUGAUAAAGAUUUACCAAUCAAGAUUUAUACAGAUGCAUCUUUGGAAGGUGUAGGAGCCAUUCUCAAACAAACACAGCUUAAUGGGAAAGAAAAACCGGUGGCAUACUUCUCAAAAAAACUGAAUGCAGCCCAAAAAAAAAAGAAAGCAAUAUAUUUGGAAUGUUUAGCUAUCAAAGAAGCAGUAAGAUACUGGCAAUACUGGCUCAUAGGUAAAUCAUUUACAGUAUAUUCCGAUCACAAACCGUUAGAGAACAUGAACAUUAAAUCUAGGACUGAUGAGGAGCUAGGAGAUUUCACCUACUAUCUGUCACAAUAUGACUUUCAAAUUAAAUAUGCUCCAGGGAAAGACAAUUUGGAGGCAGAUUGCCUAAGCAGAAACCCAGUAUUGGAGACAAAUGAGAAUAAAGAAGAACAAUUGAAAAUAGUAAAUCUAAUAAAACUGGAUGAUAUUCUAACAGAUCAAAAAAAUAAUGAGGAGGUAAGAAAAAAAAAAAACAAGCUGAUAAAAAAAAAUAAUGUAUAUUUUAAGAAGUGUAAAAAAAUAAAAAAAAUAAUGUUAUCAGAGGAGUUCAGCAUUAAACUCAUAAAGAACAUACAUGAAAACUUAUGCCAUAUUGGUAUUAAACAAAUGCAAAAGAAGAUUGGUACAGUAUACACAGCGAAAAACUUGACAAAAAACAUAAUACAAUUUUGUAAAAACUGUGGGAUAUGUAUAAAAAACAAAUCAAGAGGAAAUGACAAAUUUGGUUUAAUGUCUCAUCUAGGUCCAGCCAGAAAGCCUUUUGAGAUAGUCUCAAUAGACACGAUUGGUGGGUUUGGAGGUUCGAACUCCGAAAAAAAAUAUUUACAUCUACUAGUGGAUCAUUUCACAAGGUAUGCAUUCAUUUUAACAUCUAAAACACAGAGUGCGAAUGAUUUUGUAAAAUUAAUCAACAAUAUAGUAGACACAGAUGAAAUAGGUAUCCUUCUCACCGAUCAAUAUCCGGGAAUUAAUUCAAAAGAAUUUAAACGUUUUUUGAGUGAAAAGUCGAUACAGAUGGUUUUUACUGCUAUAAAUACCCCUUUCUCAAAUGGCAUAAAUGAAAGACUUAAUCAAACACUCGUAAACAAAAUUCGAUGUAAAAUCAAUGAAAAAAAAAAUAAAUUAGCUUGGACAACAAUAGCACAAGAAUGUGUAAAUAGGUAUAAUGAUACUGAUCAUUCAGUUACGGGGUUUGCGCCAAGAUAUUUAUUAUAUGGUACAGAUGUUUCAAUAUUGCCACAUGAAUUAAAAGAAGGAAAAAAAACAGAAAUGGAUUGGAUAUGUGAUAGGAAAAUAGCAUAUAAAAAUACAAUAAAAUCACAUGAUUAUAACAAAAAGCUAUUUGAUAAAAAUCGAAAAGACAUGGAAUUCAAAGUAGGAGAUAUGGUGUAUGUGGAAAAUGGAAACAAACUAAACAGGAAAAAACUGGAUGAACUGAGGAUUGGACCGUACAAGAUUAUAGAGAGGAUAUCAAAUUCAAUCUAUAAGAUUAACACAGGUCACAAAAAAUCGGAAUCGAAUAAUUUCCAUAUAACGAAACUUAUUCCGGCUUCUACAUUGGAUGGAGUAGAACCAGUUGAACUUGACUUCGAGACGAACAUUUUGGAGAAAAUUGUCUGUCCCGGUGGGGGAGAUGUAAAGAAUAUAAUAUAA